AUGGAUUUUGACCAAAAGGACACGUCAACGACUCGCCAUGGAGAUUGUCUCAUGCUCUGCACCUACAACGCCAGGACAGUUUCCCAAAGGAAACAUCAACGACUCGCCAUGGAGAUUGUCUCAUGCUCUGCACCUACAACGCCAGGACAGUCUCCACCAACGCCUACCUUCACGCGCUUUUCGAAGCUGCAGGGCGCAUCAACUACCACAUACGCCCUGCAGGAAACAAAGUCCAGGAAGACGGACGUGAGGCAGCUGAGUGAUGGCACUUAUUAUUCGUGGUGAGA